CAAUUUUUCUGCUGCCCGUUUCGCCAUGACACUUGAAGUUCGAGUACUUUCUUCAAUCCUGGGGACUCCGCGGCUCGUUGUUGUGCUGUAAUUCUUAGUUCGUUUCUGCUUCGAUUUUCCCUUCACACUUUUGCUUCGUUUCACUCUUCAGAUAGAACUCUUCCCUGUAAGAUUCGAGGCUGAGGUGAACGUAGCCAAAGCCGGAGCAAGGACUGGAGUGUCGUCACGGUCGAAGCGUUGUCGCGAUCCAAACCUCGCAUUUACACAAUUUCGAUCGCUUAUUAUUUUUUUCGUUGUGCUACUGAGAAAGCGUGCUCUUGAUUAUCUGCGUUAAGGAAUUUUGAAAGAGAAUUUCGUUUUGAGGUUUGGAGGUAAGAGACUAAUAGGCGUGUAGGCUGUGCUUAGGGUUCAACCUUCUACAGUUCUAGCGGGUUAAUAUCGACCCCUUCAUUUCCAGCGUCAAGGGCACGUGACGUAGGAAUCAACUUGUGCAGGUUUAGGAAAAUUUUAUAUUUAACGAAGGAUUCACCAGUUCGCCAUUAUGUGCAUUGGUUAAAUGAUCAAGCAGAAGAUCGCAGUAUAAUAACAAACUGGUGUGACACAAGGGUAGCUGAAAGCCGUAGCCGAAGUUGUACGAGAUGGAAGAGUUUUUAAGUGGACGCAUGGGGAAGCAAGGGCGGACAAUUGCUAGUCAACAUAACUACAUUGCUAACAUUGGAAGGCCGGCGAAACCGAGGAUGCUCGGAAUAACAGAGGUCCGAGGACCUUUUCACUCUGCCACUGGAUUCGAACCUUUGCAGAAUUUGUUCGAAAGCAUGGGAGAAUAUAUAGACGGUCUCAAGUUCUCCGGAGGAUGUCAUAGUUUGAUGUCCAGAGACAUCGUCCAGCAGUGGAUUAGACAAGCACAUCAUCAUGAUGUGUAUGUGAGCACUGGUGAUUGGGCAGAGCACGUCCUUCGCACCGGGCCGGGAAGUUUCAAACAGUAUGUGAAAGACUGCAAGGAUCUUGGAUUUGAUACGGUUGAGAUAAAUGCCGACUUCAUUGGGCUCAAUGAGGAUAAUCUGCUUCGUUUAAUACGCAUGGUGAAGAAAUCAGGAAUGAGAGCCAAACCUGAACUUGGGCUUCAUUUUCACGGAGGCGAAAACGCAGAACUUGGUUUCAUGGGUGUAGAGAACCCUAACUGGGUAAUAAAGCGGGCAGAACGUUACUUACAGGCGGGAGCAGAUAUGAUUAUGAUUGCUUCAGAUGGUCUUACCAACAAUAUUAGCAACUGGCGCUCUGACUUGGUGUCUAAGAUCAUCGAACAGUUGGGGUUGGAAAGAAUAAUGUUCGAAGCCAGUGACCCAAAGGUUUCUGAAUGGCUAAUCGAGAAAUACGGUUCCAAAGUUAACUUGUAUGUGGAUCACUCACAUGUAGGGCAGUUGGAACGCUUACGAUCAGGUUCACAUGGUUCUCGAAGCAUCUUUUUUGCAUGAUCGUUUUUCGAUUCAUUGAUCCCAACUAAAAACACUCCCUCUAGAUGUCAUCAUGAUGUUUUGGAACUUGGAAAUCUGUAAGAGAACUAUAGUUUCGUUUGGUUUUGAAACGCUAACACUGUAAUUUGUCGUAUAGAUAUUAAUAUGUAUAGAAAGAAAUAGUUAAAUUCAGUAUCUAACAUUGUCUUUAACAUGCAAUAUAUAUUUUUUCAAAUGCACUUGGCCUUUCUUAGUUUGAA